AUGACUGCUCUCUCGUCCUCUCUCUCUCUCUCUCUCUCUCUCUCAGACCUGUUCAUUGAACGCUUCUGCAUGACGGGGGGCACCAAUCCCAUUGGCUACCUGAAGGCAUGGCAGACCAACCUGUAUCUGUCGGCAGAUGCUGAAAAGGUGAAGGAGGCUCUGGCUGAGGGCAUCGCAGCUGCCACCAUGUUUAUGUCAGAGAAGCAGACGGAGGUGUCGGAGACACAGCUGAGGGUCGCGUUUGAUGGAGAUGCAGUUCUCUUCUCAGAUGAGUCCGAACGCAUUUUUAAAGCUCACGGGCUAGACAAGUUCUUUGAGCAUGAGCGGGAAAAUGAGAAUACGCUUCUAGAUCAUGGUCCGCUGAAGGGUUUCCUGGAACUUCUAGGAAAGCUCCAGAAGAAGUUCUAUGCAAAGGGUCAUCGUCUGAACUGCCCCAUCCGCACCUACUUGGUGACAGCACGAUCUGCGGCCAGCUCUGGGAUCCGUGCCCUGAAGACCCUCCGAGCCUGGGGCCUGGAGACUGAUGAAGCACUGUUCCUGGCUGGAGCACCAAAGGGCCCCAUGCUGGAGAAGAUACGGCCACACAUCUACUUUGAUGACCAAAUGUUCCAUGUGGAGGGGGCAGCAGAAAUGGGCACCAUUGCAGCACAUGUGCCCUAUGGUAUUGCGCAGAAACACUCCCACAAAAAGAGUUCCAGUCCCUCAAAGUAGCAGCAACAGGGUGUAAGAACCACAAGAGGCAUGGAUGAAGCUACUUAGGUUAAAUAUUCUGGACAUGGUCAUUUCUGAUGAGCACUUUGUUGGAAUGUUGUUUAUUUCUGAUCAUACCAAAAACAUGCAUGUCUCCAAGGUGCAACUCUAGUUUUCAGACAUACACUAAUAUAGGUAUUUUCAGGAGAUAUGGACUGAGAGGGUUCUACAGGCAAAGUAUCCCUCUAAUACCUAAUGUUCCUUCUGACACUCAGCGGUGAAAGCAAAACUAAUACUCCAGUGGGCAGUCCACAAAAGGGACAGUGUUUUAGAUGUAUUCACACGGUGGGAAAACAGCCAUGGAAUGACACAGAUUAAACUGAAGUGAAAGGAAAUUAUAAAAGCCAAAGUCGGUAUCAAGGACGAACAAAAAGAUCUUCUUAUGCGGUGACAGACCAUGUGGUUUGUUUGUUUUAUUCUGAUGAGUAAAUGCAAUGCAUUGGUCUCACCAUCUGGUCAAAGGCACAGUACUUUAUUAAUGUACAGACAUAAUCUCUUCUUUAUUAAUGUACAGACAUAAUCCCUUCUAUUAAGAGCAAUCUAUUCCUCUCCUCAAACAAAACCUUCACUGGGAGAUUUAAUAUAACAUUUAUUUGCUUGUGACACAUAGACAAAGAUAGAGUUACAUUUACUUUUUCCAUUGCAGUGCAUGAGUUUACCAGACAAGUAUGGGCAGCUGAUUGAUUGAAAGUGCCAGCAUGUUUUUAAUGCAGUGGUCUGACACCACUUUCCUUAUCCGUGUGUAUUAAGCCAUAGUCGGACUGCUGUAAGAUCUUAUUGUAUAAAAUAUUGUACUAUUGUA